ACCGAUAAAAAUUUGAUUCGAACAACGUUAACGUCAAAUUAACAAUGGGUUCCGAAACUAUCCUCCAAAAUUUUGUCAACAAUGAAGUGUUCUGUGAUUGUGAUUGAUUGUUACGUAUUUACACGAUAAAUUAAAUAAACAUCGAAAUUGAUAGUAUUAUUAAGAUAUCAGCAACUUUAUUCGAAGCGUAUUUAUUUAUUGUUACCAAAAAUUAUUUACUGUAAAUAUCUGGGCGUUGACAGUUAACCAAUAAUUGUAAUUAAUAUUCAGAACGUGAAUUUACGAAUGUUGAUUUUUGUGAAAAACUGCAUCAAAUUUCUAAAUAAAUAAAAGAUGCUAUAAAGUACAAUACGAUGGAGGAGUCUAAUAGCGAAACAUUGGACCUGUCGAGGCGUGGGUUGAAGAAAAUAGAGAAAGCGCCAUCCGAUGAUGGGAAAACUAUAAUAAACUUGAUCCUGGACCAGAACGAGCUGCAACGGCUGGACAACCUGGACACGUACAGUCGUGUCGAAAACUUGUCAAUAUGCAACAACUUCCUGCUGCGGAUGCACAGUGUGUCGCGCCUCACCAACAUCCGCAUUCUGGCCCUCAACAACAACGGCAUCCUGCAGAUUGAGGGGCUCAAGGAUCUGAUAUACCUUAAAGUGCUGAAAUUGGCUGGGUGGUUGCCCAUGGCAACCAUAGUAACACCUCAUGAACGAGGACGUUACUUUAAACCGUCCGAGUGA